AUGCCUGAGGACGUUGGUGGAGAACCACCUCAAGACGUUGGUGGAGAACCACCUCAAGACGUUGGUGGAGAACCACCUCAAGACGUUGGUGGAGAACCACCUCAAGACGUUGGUGGAGAACCACCUCAAGACGUUGGUGGAGAACCACCUCAAGACGUUGGUGGAGAACCACUUCAAAACGUUGGUGGAGAACCACCUCAAGACGUUGGUGGAGAACCACCUCAAGACGUUGGUGGAGAACCACCUCAAGACGUUGGUGGUGAACCACUUCAAGACGUUGGUGGAGAACCACUUCAAGACGUUGGUGGAGAACCACCUCAAGACGUUGGUGGAGAACCACCUCAAGACGUUGGUGGAGAACCACUUCAAAACGUUGGUGGAGAACCACCUCAAGACGUUGGUGGAGAACCACUUCAAGACGUUGGUGGAGAACCACCUAAAGACGUUGGUGGAGAACCACUUCAAGACGUUGGUGGAGAACCACCUCAAGACGUUGGUGGAGAACCACUUCAAGACGUUGGUGGAGAACCACCUCAAGACGUUGGUGGAGAACCACCUCAAGACGUUGGUGGAGAACCAACUCAAGACGUUGGUGGAGAACCACCUCAAGACGUUGGUGGAGAACCAACUCAAGACGUUGGUGGAGAACCACCUCAAGACGUUGGUGGAGAACCACCUUAA